UAAUUAACAUUAUCCUACAAUUAAACGAAGCUUAUAAGAUAAUAUUACCGGGUCCGGCAUGGAAUUUACAGAGAGCCUGCCUGUCUAUCUCGUUGCCAAAUUGAACUCAUUUGGGUUUUGUCGCUGGAGCCAGGGUUUCUAUCAGCAGGCUUCUUCCCCUUCAGGAGAGGGGGUGGGGGCUAGAAGAAGAAUUACCUUGUCAAACAGCUAUUAACGUGCGGAUUGGUUGUGUGAAGAAAAUGCAAGAUUCAACUUCAGACAGGAUCAGUUACCUUCCUAACGAUGUGAUAGAAAAAAUUUUAACGUGCAUGCCAACAAAGGAUGCAGUAAGGACAAGUGUUUUGUCAAAGAAAUGGAGGUAUAAUUGGGUGACAAUUCCCAAACUUGAAUUUGAUUAUGCAUUCUACGAAAAAUCGAUAACAACCAGAGAAUCAUGGACUACAUCAACAAAUGAGUUUGUGUUGACUAUUUGUCAAGUUCUGUUACUCCAUCGUGGACCAAUACUCAAGUUCAAGCUACAGUUAUCUGCAUUGGAAAAUUGUUCUGCUGUUGAUCAGUUGAUACCUCUUGUAUCAAUCAAUGGUGUCCGGGAUCUCACCCUUGACAUUAUGAGCGAUGAGCCUUAUGAGUUACCAUCCUCAUUAUUUUCGUGUGUGCAGUUGGAGCAUUUGGAAUUGCAUGAUUGCUUGUUUGUUCCUCCUCCUAGAUUUAACGGAUUUAGCAAGCUCCACUCGCUAGAGCUUCAUGAAGUUAUCAUUACUUCCGAGGUCUUCUCUGGUUUGAUUUCCAAUUGCCCACUACUUAAAGAGUUGAAACUUGUUGAUCCUGCUAGCUUCAGUGACCUUGAAAUUACUGCCCCUAAUCUACACAGCUUAUAUUAUAAAGGCAAUUUCAGUUAUAUAUGGUUAAAAAAUGCCCCUAACCUUGCUAGAGUUUCAAUUCAUUUUCCUUGUUUAAUGAAUAAAGUAAACGUAUCUAAGUGGGUCACACUUUUUGCUGGUCUACCUGCUGUUGAGUUUUUGGAGUUGGAGUAUUUUCGUCUCAAGUUGUUUCCUCAAAGUGACAUACCAAGAAAACUUCCAGUUGAUUUGAGCAAUCUUAAGAUUCUCAACUUGGAUGCAACUCUAGGUAGCGUCUGUGCAGUCUCAAGUAUUCUCUGCUUAAUUAGAAGCUCCCCGAACUUGGAAAAAAUAAAAAUUCGUGAUUUGACAGACCACAUUCUCAUAAUGCCUACUCUAGAACAUUUUGAAGAGCAAGGAUUAUUGGAUAUCUAUUUAAAUCGGCUUCGAAAAGUGGAUUUGCAUAUGGCAUGCAACCAAGGGUUUCAACUGGAGUUUGUUAAAUUUCUAUUAGACACAUCACCCAUUCUAGAGAAAAUGGUUAUUCAGCAAAUUUAUGCUAUGAAUCACAGAAGAUUGAUGUUUUGGAAGGCGGUAACACAAUUUAGGCGUCUGUCGCCUUUGGCAGAAGUUUUCAUUAAAUUUUGAGAAAAAAGGAUUACGUCCUUAUUGACCAGCCAUGGCAUCUGUUGGGUGGAUGUUGAUCUUUUUUGAUCUUGCUCUUUGCUAGAUCCAAGUUCAGGCAGCAACUGCAAAUUGACAUUCACUCACUCUUAUUUAUCUUUUGUGAAAGUUGCAACUUCCUUGGUAUUUGGCCUAAUUAUGAAAAUUUUGUAGAUAUUUGCCAAAUACUUCAUGUCAUGGAUUACUGUUGAGACAAGAAAUGCAUUUUACCUGUGUUUAUUUUGGAAAUUCAGCCUUUACAUUCCUGUAGUGGGUUAGAAUAAUUUUGAUUGAGCUGUAAAAAGAGUUGGAAUAUAAACGCCAUUAUCAGCUGAUGAACUAGUUGUGCUAUCAACAAUAAGGGUGACCACCCUUUUCUAUUGGAAUUUCAUAAGUCCAUUUAUUUUAGUGAAUUAGAAGAGUUUUGACGGAGCUGUAAGAGAGUUGAAUGUAAAUCAUUUCUAAUUGUGAAAGCAGUCGGGUUGACAAUAAUAAAGUUAUUCUUUCAUGAUUGAAACGUUUUGAAUUUGCAUUCUAGAAGUAGUCAAUAUAUAAUAAAAAUAAAGAAAAUAUUAUGUACAAAUAUAAUUUUUUUCAAUCCCUAUAAAACAAGUAAUCAAGUACAGUCGAAAAGUUUCGAAAACCAUUUUCAGUUAUGAAGACUCGAUGAUGAAUGCUGUUUAGAGUCUUGACCAUAUUUGAUAAAUUAGGAAUUAAUAAAGGGUUUUUUUUUCUAAAUUUUAGCUUCUGGUUGUCCAACUUUGUAAGUCUCACUCACCCCUAUACAGCUCAAGAAAUUGCUAGACAGUUCUUGGACUUUGGUCAAGAUACAUGGAGUUCCAAAAUUUUUAGUGUCCGACCAGGACAAGAUUUUCACGAGUCAUUUUUGGCAAGAGCUGUUCAAAGGAUUGGGAGUAGAAUGAUGCAAGUGGCAUAUGUGAUAUGUCUACAGCCUAUCACCUGGAGACGGAUGGGCAAACUGAAAGGGUGAAUUAAUGUCUAGAGGCUUACCUACAGUGUAUGUAUUUUGCCAAACCCAAGAGUUGGAAUAGAUGGUUGUCAACGGCACAGUGGUGGUACAAUUCUAGCUACCACAGUGCCAUCAAUAAGUCCCCAUUUGAGGCACUAUUCAGGUACAAGGCACCCCUUCUAUCUGCUUUGAUUAAUGCACUCACAACAGUAACUACAGUGGAGGAUUACCUACAACAAUACCAGAGGAUGCUACAAUUGUUAAAGAAGGAACUCCCUAUAGCUUAGAAUAGAAUGAAGCAAGUGGCAGAUAAAAAGAGGAGUGACAGGGUUUUCAAUGUGGGUGACAAGGUGUAUCUCAAGGUUAAGAGAUUCCUCCAGCACUCUUUCUCAGCAACUCCAGCCUCUAAGUUGAGCCCUAAGUACUUUGGGCCAUUUCCUAUACUUGCUAAGGUGGGAAACAUAGCCUACAAGUUACAAUUGCCAGAUGGGGUACCCACUCAUUCUGUGUUCCAUGUGUCACUGCUUAAAAGAGCAGUGGAACCCGAGGCCACGAGCCCAAGGCUACUUAUGGUAGAUGAAGACAUUGAGGUAACUAUGGAACCCCAGGCCAUUGUGGACAGGGGGGUCACUUACAAAGAUACAAUGCCACUCACUCAAGUGUUGGUUCAAUAGAGCCACUUACACCUAAACAAUGCUACCUGGGAGUACUUACCGGACUUACUGAAGCAAUUCCCGCAGGCAGCUCAUCUUUUGCAUUUCCUUGAGACAUGACUAGUACAUUCAUUUUAGCAUGUGCCAUUUUAAUUUAUAUAUAUAUACAUAUAUAUAUCCAUGUAUGUUUGGCUAUCCACUGAGGACUGAUUCUGGAAAUGGUUGAUGGUGCAUUUGUGUUUGUGCAAAUACCAAUGCUUGUUCUUUUCUUCUUUGGAUGUUAAAGAUUUUUUACUGGCUGAUUUUAUUGAACCUCCCUGUUUAUAUAAGGAAUUUGUUACUUCCAUUAUGUGCUUUUCAGUCCAGUUCUUAACUUUUCCCUCAAUAUUCAAAGAUGAUGUAUAUAAAGGCUUUGAGAGGGAAGCAGACCUUGCAGGUAUUGUGUACCUUGUAGAAAUUAAAAUUAAUAGCACACAUCACCUUAAGUAGCAAUAUUUAUAUGCAGGUAAAAGUACUUGAUAGUCAGGUUGAUCAUAUCCAACACCUUUAUAUCCUCAGGAUUCGGUAGAGAAUUCAAGUCAAGCUUUAAAAAAAAAAGGUGUUGCACCACUUCAUCAAGAUGAAUGAAUUGAUAAUGAUGUUUCCAUGGGAGUCUGCAUCUUUUGGUGUUCAAACAUAUAUGAUUCAUGUGGGAAGGAAGAGGGGAAAGCGACGAGACUCAUAUUGACCAUCGAAUUCUAUAAAAUUGUUCAGCUUUGCUAAUAUUUCCUUGAGUUUUGUAGAACUAUAGUGGAUAUUGCCUUCAUUGAUCUUUGGUUACUCAGUACUAGAAAGGAGAAACUGCAUUGGUCUGUUUCUUGAAGUAUUGGCUUAGCUGAUUCAAUCUCAUUCCCUGUAGGGUCUAUUUUGUAUUUACCCCCAUGUUUGGGCUAGCUUGGCUAGGGGCUUCUGGUAAUCUCAUUCCCUGUUUGUUCAUUCGAUCAAGCAGCUGCAACUGUUUUUAUAUUUUGAUUUAUUGCCCCUCAAUCCUCUACCAAUUGAAAAAGUAAUUUGAUUGCCGAAGGGUGUACCAGGUAUUAGUCCUUGGGUUUCAGAUAAUUUGUCCAUUAUGAGGUGAAAUGUUGGAAAUAAAGGGUUUAAGGGAGGGAAGACCUCAGGAGUAGAUGUCUGGUUGUUCCCCCCAAUUUGAAUUCUUGUGUCCAGCUGUCCUUCAUGGUUUUUGGUGGUGAAUUGUCGUGCAUCUUGGAUGUGCAAAGUGAAUCUAUUUGCUCUGGCGUUUCUCAGGUCACUUACUCCUAUUUCUGGAACUUCACAUUUUUCACCAGUGCUGCUCCCUGAGUGAGGAGAGGAUCAAGCUGUUAUGCAUGCGAUGCAACUCGUAAAUUUGGAUCGAAUGGGGUAUCCAAGUGAAGAAUACACAGAAAUCUGGAACUGUCAAAAUGGUGAUGGCAUAGAUUAUUUUCUUGUCCGAAUUCUGGCAUACCAAACGUUUCAGAGAGAGCCCCUGACUCCUUGACCGCAGCCUGCAUACAAGAGUGAUUGAAGUUGUGUCUCGAAAAGUUACAUCUGCAGCUGAUGACUGAUCCUGUGCCUCGAAUUUUCUAUUAACAAUUAGUUAGUUUGUUUGUUUGUUUGUUAACUCACCAUGAGGGAUCGCAAAUUGGUUUGUUGCAGUUUUCUCUC